AUGGCCUUCUGUGGCCUCUCCCCCCACGCACCCGUACCCUCCCUCCACGCACCCGUACCCUCCCCCCACGCACCCGUACCCUCCCUCCACGCACCCGUACCCUCCCUACACCCACCCGUACCCUCCUCCACGCACCCGUACCCUCCCUACACGCACCCGUACCCUCCCCUACACGCACCCGCACCCUCCCUACACGCACCCGUACCCUCCCCUACACGCACCCGUACCCUCCCUACACGCACCCGUACCCUCCCUACACGCACCCGUACCCUCCCUACACCCACCCGUACCCUCCCCCCACGCACCCGUACCCUCCCUCCACGCACCCGUACCCUCCCUACACCCACCCGUACCCUCCCUACACGCACCCGUACCCUCCCUCCACGCACCCGUACCCUCCCCCCACGCACCCGUACCCUCCCACACGCACCCGUACCUCCCUCCACACGCACCCGUACCCUCCCCCACGCACCCGUACCCUCCCCUCCACGCACCCGUACCCUCCCCUACACGCACCCGUACCCUCCCUACACGCACCCGUACCCUCCCUCCACGCACCCGUACCCUCCCUCCACGCACCCGUACCCUCCCUCACACGCACCCCGUACCCUCCCUACACGCACCCGUACCCUCCCUCCACGCACUGCAUCCCUCCCUCCACCCACCCGUACCCUCCCUACACGCACCCGUACACCUCCCUCCACGCACCGCACCCUCCCCUACACGCACCCUGCACCCUCCCUCCACGCACCCGUACCCUCCCUACACGCACCCGUACCUCCCUACACGCACCCGUACCCUCCCUCCACCCACCCGCACUCCUCCCUACACGCACCCGUACCCUCCCCUACACGCACCCGUACCCUCCCUCCACGCACCCGUACCCUCCCUUCCACCCACCCGUACCCUCCCUACACCCACCCGUACCCUCCCUACACCCGCACCCUGCACCCUCCCUCCACACGCACCCGUCCUCCCUACACCCACCCAGUACCCUCCCUACACGCACCCGUACCCUCCCUACACGCACCCGUGCACCUCCCUACACGCACCCGUACCCUCCCUACACGCACCCGUACCCUCCCUCCACGCACCCUCCCUCCACCCACCCGUACCCUCCCUACACGCACCCGUACCCUCCCUACACGCACCCGUACCCUCCCUCCACGCACCCGUACCCUCCCCUACACGCACCCUGCACCCUCCUACACGCACCCGUACCCUCCCUCCACGCACCCGCACUCCUCCCUACACCCACCCGUACCCUCCCUACACCCACCCGUACCCUCCCUACACGCACCCGUACCCUCCCCUACACGCACCCGUACCCUCCCUCCACGCACCCGUACCCUCCCCUACACCCACCCGCACCCUCCCUACACGCACCCUGUACUCUCCCUACACCCACCCGUACCCUCCCUCCACCCACCCGUACCCUCCCUACACGCACCCGUACCCUCCCUCCACGCACCCGUACCCUCCCUCCACGCACCGUACCCUCCCUACACCCACCUGCACCCUCCACACGCACCGUACCCUCCCUACACGCACCCGUACCCUCCCUCCACGCACCCGUACCCUCCCUCCACGCACCCGUACCCUCCCCCCACGCACCCGUACCCUCCCCACACGCACCCGUGCACCCUCCCCACACGCACCCGCACCUCCCCACACGCACCCGUACCCUCCCCACACGCACCCGUACCCUCCCCACACCCACCCGUACCCUCCCCACACGCACCCGUACCCUCCCCACACGCACCCGUACCCUCCCCCACACGCACCCGCACCCUCCCCACACGCACCGCACCCUCCCCCCACGCACUCGUACCCUCCCCCACGCACCCCGCACCCUCCCCACACGCACCCGUACCCUCCCCCACACGCACCUGUACCCUCCCCACACGCACCCGUACCCUCCCCCACACGCACCCGUACCCUCCCCCACACGCACCCGCAUCCUCUCCCCACGCACCCGUACCCUCCCCACACGCACCCGCACCCUCCCCCACGCACCCGUACCCUCCCCCACACGCACGUGCACCCUCCCCACACGCACCCGUACCCUUCACCCACACCCUCCCCACACGCACCCGUACCCUCCCCACACCCACCCGUACCCUCCCCCCACGCACCCGUACCCUCCCCCACACGCACCCGUACCCUCCCCACACCCACCCGUACCCUCCCCACACGCACCCGUACCCUCCCUCCACGCACCCGUACCCUCCCUACACGCACCCGUACCCUCCCUACACGCACCCGUACCCUCCCCCCACGCACGCACCUCCCCCCACGCACCCGUACCCUCCCCCACACGCACCCGUACUCCCCCACGCACCCGUACCCUCCCCCCACGCACCCUGCACCCUCCCCCCACGCACCCGUACCCUCCCCCCACGCACCCGUACCCUCCCCCCACGCACCCGCACCCUCCCCCACGCACCUGCACCUCCCCCACGCACCCGUACCCUCCCCCACACGCACCCGCACCCUCCCCACACGCACCCGUGCACCCUCCCCACACGCACCCGCAUCCCCUGCCCCCACGCACCCGUCACUCCUCCCCCACACGCACUCGUACCCUCCCCCCACGCACCCCUGGCCCAAGAUAAGUUCAAGCGCCCUCGGCAGCCUGGCCCCAGACAGAUCACAUCCAGCCUCCACCAGCCGGCUCCCAAAGCUCCCUCCAAGCGUCUCCGGCUAGCCUGGCCCCAGACAGAUCACAUCCAGACGCUUGGAGUGGCCAGACAGAAUCAACUCCCUCCACCAGCCCUCCCGUAG